AUGUCUCCGCCGGUCUACCGCUGCCUCGUCGCCGUCCUGUCGCUCGCGCGGCUGGCCUCCGAGCUGUCGCCGGCGGCGGCGUCCAUCUCGGUGUCCGCCCUUCCGCCGCCACCCGCCGUGCCGGUGUCGACGUCGCAGCAGUUCCUGCAGGUGCACAACGAGGCCCGCGCGGCGGCGGGGCUGCCCCCGCUGUCGUGGAACGGGACGCUGCUGCUGGACGCGAUGCGGUACGCCGGCGAGCUCCGCAGGGACUGCAGGGCGCGGCCGCUGACGGCGUGGGGCACCGACGGCAUCUACGGCCGGAGCCUGUACAAGGCGAACGGGCGGCACACCGGCGCCGAGGCGGCGGCGUUCUGGGCGGAGAGCCGGCGGUGGUACGACCGCGGCGCCGACCGGUGCACGGCGCCGCCCGGCCGGUGCUGCGGCGUGUACACGCAGAUGGUGUGGCGCGCCACGACGCAGCUCGGCUGCGCCCGCCGCACCUGCCGCAACGGCGUCGACACCGUGGCCGUCUGCGAGUACUACCCGCCGGGCAACUACGUGGGCCAGCGGCCCUACUGA